AUGAGGCUGGAGAGGAGCGACAAGCCGGCUGCCACCACGGAUAGAGGGGUAGUCCAGGUGACCGAAGGCAGUGACAUCCUCCUAAGGUUCUACGGGCUGCACUUGCUCCCCAAUAGCUCUGGUCUGGUCCGAUUUACGGAACUUUACUCCAGCGAAAAUGAGGAUGAGGAUGAUCUGGGUGCCAUAGACAUGCAGUUUAACAGGACUUGUCCAGAGCCUACUAUAGAUGUCAUUGUGCGUAAAGGCAUGAAUACUUCUAACCACAACACUGCUGGAGUGGUAAGCGUGCGCGUAAAGCAGCUGCGUAAAAGUGAAGUAGCCAAAGUUUUUGGAUUGUGUGUGAGGGAAACCCUGGAAGAUGAAAAGUGGCAACUUCUGGAUGAGAUUGAUGGCAGGUUGCGUGUUGUUGAGGAGAAAAAGUCGCUCCUUCCAUUGUGGCUGCAAAUCAUCCUCAUCUGUUGCCUUUUGGUCCUGUCUGGUAUGUUUAGUGGGCUUAACCUUGGGCUGAUGGCACUGGACCCAAUGGAACUACGCAUUGUGCAAAGCUGUGGUACGGACAAGGAGAAGAAGUACGCAAGAAAGAUUGAGCCCAUUCGCAGGAAGGGUAACUACCUGUUGUGUUCCCUUCUUCUUGGGAACGUCCUUGUCAACACUACUCUCACAAUCCUGCUUGACGACCUCAUAGGCUCAGGUCUGGGAGCAGUGGCCGCUUCCACUGUUGGCAUUGUCAUUUUUGGAGAAAUUGUCCCCCAGGCUCUUUGCUCCCGUCACGGUUUAGCUGUAGGUGCCAACACUAUACUCCUCACCAAGCUCUUCAUGCUUUUGACUUUCCCGCUGUCAUGGCCCAUUAGUAAACUCUUAGACUGUGUUUUGGGUCAGGAAAUAGGCACAGUUUAUAACAGGGAGAAGUUGGUGGAGAUGUUAAGAGUGACAGAGCCCUAUAAUGAUCUUGUCAAAGAGGAACUCAACAUGAUCCAGGGAGCUCUGGAGCUAAGGACUAAAACUGUUGAGGAUGUCAUGACUCCUAUUAGUAACUGCUUUAUGAUUCACAGUGGUGCAUUAUUAGACUUUAACACCAUGUCAGAAAUAAUGGAGAGUGGAUACACAAGGAUACCGGUCUACGAGGGAGAGCGAUCGAAUAUAGUCGACAUUUUGUUUGUCAAAGAUUUGGCUUUCGUAGACCCAGAUGAUGCAACCACCCUCAAAACCAUCACCAAGUUCUACAACCACCCAGUGCAUUUUGUGUUCCAUGAUACAAAGCUGGACUCCAUGCUGGAGGAAUUCAAAAAAGGCAAGUCCCACCUGGCCAUCGUCCAGAAGGUCAACAAUGAGGGAGAGGGGGAUCCUUUCUAUGAAGUUUUGGGCUUGGUCACUCUUGAAGAUGUCAUUGAAGAAAUCAUCAAAUCUGAGAUCCUUGAUGAAUCAGACAUGUACACGGAUAAUCGCAAUAGGAAAAAGGUGGCACCAAAUAAAAACAAGAGGGACUUCUCUGCUUUUAAACACGAGACUGAAUCAAAGGUUAAGAUUUCCCCUCAGCUUCUACUUGCUGCUCAUCGCUUCCUAGCAACAGAGGUCACCUUGUUCAGCCCCGCUCAGAUCUCGGACAAAGUGUUGUUGAGGAUUCUGCGGCAUCCGGACGUCAUCCAGGAGAUCAAGUACGACGAUAACGACAAGCGCUCUCCACAUCACUACGUUUACCAGAGAGCCAAAGCUGUCGACUACUUUGUGCUCAUUCUGCAGGGUCGUGUGGAGGUGGAGGCGGGGAACGAGAACAUGAAGUUUGAGAGUGGACCCUUCUCGUACUAUGGCGUCAUGGCCCUCAGUGCCCCUGCUCUGGCUGCUCCUCGCCAUCGCCACCUCUCCUUUAAGAGGUUUUCUCUGUUCUCUCGGUUGCCAGGUAAAACAGUGUCCUAUGACUCUCUGAGGCCCCCUACAGGAAGACUCACGCCCAUGGAUUUCCGUUCUCCCUCUCACAUCAGCGGACUAAACCGCACGGCGUCACUGAGUGGAGCCGAUCGCACAGAGUCUCUGUCCAUCAGCGGCAGCAACAGUCAACUCAACAGCAGCCUCCCCGUACAGCAGUACAUCCCCGACUUCAACGUGCGCGCCCUCACCGACCUGCAGCUUGUCAAGAUCACCCGGUCCCAGUACCAGAACGGUUUGAUGGCCUCCCGCUUGGACAGCACCCCUCAGUCCCCAGAGAGCAUCCAUAACAGUGGGCAGCUGGACCCCGCCCUCCCCUUCACCACCACCCCUCCGCACUGCAGUCCUCUGACCAUCUCCGAUCUGAACGGGCAGGACUCAAACGGGUUGGAGAACGGACCGGACGAGACCUCGUUACUCCUCCAGAACGAAACUCCAGUCCCUAACAGCGCCCCAAACCACCACAGCGCCCUGGACAACAGCAUCUGA